AUGGAGCGGAACAGAGGUGGUACCACUGCAGGGGUUCUGGUGUGGACACCAACCCCAGCGUACUCCUCUCCCUCAAGCCCAGACGGGAUGGACUUCAGCUGGGAUGAAGAACCGGAUGAGGACUUUCAAAGCCAGAUGGAUGAGAAUGGCAUCAUUGGUCUGGCAGAGAGUCAAGGGCAGCAGGAGGGAGAAGAGGAGGAGAUUGCAGAAGACCUGUUGUGGGAUGUGAAGACCCCUGAGCCUGAGCAUGGGCCACCACCUGCACUAGAGGAGAUAAGCUGUCACCUGAGUGAGCUGCUGGACUCUGAGCCGCUCUCUCAGGCCACUGGAGAUGACUGCCGCUCUCCAUCUCUGCAGGAAGAACAUAAAACAGAUGAUGGCCGAAGUGUUUUGUUGGAGGAUUGGACUGAUGAUGAGGAUGGUACAAGGAUCCCAACAAUUCACAGGCACAAAUUAAACUCUUUCGCACAGAGAGACACAGUGCUAGACAUGACCGAUGAGGAAACAGAAGAGCAGGACACAUGUGAAGAUGCUCAGAGAUUCAUGGAUCAAACAUUAUCUGUCACAAAAGAGAUGGCAUCUAUGUUUGAAAGUGUAAAGAGCUGUGAUUACAGUGAGAUCCCCCAAAAUAUUCCAAUUUCAGGAAUCCCAGAGCAUUCUGAGCAAAGUGAUUGUGAGGCAGUUGAGGAAACCAAUAGACAACUUCUUCCAGUCUCACAUUGUAUCUCUAGAAACACAUGUAAUCCCAUCAGGUUUCCUCAUUUGUCCUCAGGGGAACUGAUGAAUAACUGUGGGAUUGAAGCUGAAACAUUUCCAGAGCCAGGCAUUAGGGCAAAGUCAUCUCUUGGCACCCCUAAAACGUACCACACGGUUAGAUCAAAAGGGGAGGAGAUUAAACCAAAGGUCACACCUCAAACUUCAGCCAGAAGCCCUGUAAUAAAAAUCAGACUUGGAAAAACACACCAAGAUGGUACAAGUGGAGAAAAAGUAGGGCUACACAGUCCUAACCACAAUCUGCAGCCUCCAACGCCCACUCCCAGAAAAACAAACCCAGCUUCCUGUGACGAUCAGGUUUCCAUUCCAGCACAGUGCAUUUCUAAAGCAAGCGUCUCCCCCUCGGAGCGUUCACCACCUCCUAUACCUCACCGGUCUUCAGCAAUAAGGAACCACAGAACCUCCAAAACCUCUCACACUGAUCCAGAUGACAUCAGGAAAGGACAGCUAAAUCACCCCUUACCUGAUUUCUCCAAAGUGGAGCCGAGGGUACGUUUCCCAAAAAAGAGUGGAUACAAACCUCCUAAAAGCUGUCAACCUCCUCAUGAUAGAACUUCACACCUGGAUCUUCCUGUAGUGUUCAAGUCCCCUGCUGAGAUCGUGAGAGAGGUCCUUUUGAGCAGCUCUGAUGGGUCUCCAGGAAGUCCCUCCACCAGUGGGACCCACAAGCAUCUGCACAGCACAGUACCAGAGGAGUUCCGCUGCCCCCAGCAGGCCAGCACACUGACGCAGCAGCUUCAGGAAGACUAUAACAGGCUGCUUACCAAGUAUGCAGAAGCUGAAAAUACUAUCGACCGACUUCGCCUUGAAGCAAAGGUGGGUCUCUGUUCUGAACCCCCAAAACCCAGUACAGCUAUCCUGUCAGGUGUUAUUCAGGAAGGGUCAAAGGUCAUAACCCUCAAUUUCCCUCAAGCACAGAGGGCAGAGUUCAGCGCAGUCUCUGCUCAACUGGCCCAGCAGAGGGAUCACUCAGAAAACUCUAGAAGAACACCAACUCGCUCUUCCUCUGUGAACUCGGUCAGCUCAAGGAGGUCUGGAUCUCUCACUGCAGACCAUCUAACAGAGACUCUGACCAAACAGACUCAUAGAUUUCAGCUACAGGUUGAUGCUUUUGAGGCACUUCUAAAGAAUGGGAAACUCAAGCCCUGUGAACAGAUAAAGGGUUUCUCCACACUGGCACAGGGGCAGGAGUCUCUUGAAAGGGCUUACCUAGAUGCACGAGGCCAGUAUCAGAUGCAGCAGCAGCAACAAGGCGGGCUUGAAACCUUUGACCCAGACAGGUAGCCUCUUUUUAUGUGUAUAAGGUCAGGGAUGCGAUUGGAGGAGCUGAAGGAGUGGCUGGAGCAAGCAGAACAGAACAAACCCAUUUCUGAACCUACUUUAAACCCUCUGCCUCCUUCAGAUGUGCUUUCUUUGUCCAUGCUGGAGACCGAACCUCUGCCUGAGAGUCCACUGUCUGCUGCCCAUCCUGAGGCUUGUGUUGGCAUGGAGGUUAGUUCAAUUAGCGGAGAGAGUGAUGCAGACGGAGGGGAAGAGGGGGUCCUCCCAUUUCUUCUUCAUCCCCUUUAUGACAAACACCAGCGUGUGGAGAAAGACUUCUGUAAGCUCAUGGACUGCUAUCAGAGUUUGAAAGAGCUCCCUGGGAUGCUGGACCCAACUGUGACUUUAAAGAGCCAUGACUCGCUGGAUUUUGGAGUCUUUGCUCCGCCAGGGAAUACAAGCUUAAUGAACAGACAACAACAUAGGACUGUUAAUGAGCAAGAGAUGAAAGAAUCUGUUCAGCAGCAGGCAGCAGCAGAUUGUGUCCCUCCCUCCGGCCCAUCUGUCAGGUCACAGGUGUGUGACUCUAUGGAAACUCACCCAGAGGCUCUUUGCCACUCCUCAGUGUUGCCAGGGCAACUGGGCAGUGAAAGGAAAACGGCAGGAAACAGGAAAACUCAAAGCAGUAGCCUGACCAGCCUAGCAGAGAGCACAGAACCCAGAACUAUGGGCUUAAAAGCUAAGGCCAAGACUGUCAGAGCAUCCCCUCUGGAUGGGGUCAAGUCUCCAGAGACGGACAGUGGCUUUAUGGGCUCUGAGAGCAGUCAGCUCACUCCUGCUGUACACAGUCCUCUCCAGCAGAGGGCAGUGGCGAGUUCCAUCAGGCCGUCUGGCCCACACACAAAGAACACAGAAAGACCAGAGUCUGCUCCUCCUUCUAGACAGCCUUUUGCGGUCUCACCCUCUCAUUCACAACCCUCUUCAAAUACCCCAGGAGAACACAUCAAGUCUGAAGGAUGCACGGGUCCUGUUAGGAGGAGAGGUGGGGAGGAAGGGUGUUCUUCUUCCAGCCUUUCUCCCUCAGUAUCCCCCAUUCAUUGGCCCAGUAGCACCCUCCUGCCCUGGCCGAGCAGCCUGACCAGCCAAUCAGAGCAUGGGAGUGAUCAGGGUGGGUGUAGAGAGGCUCUUCAAUCUCUACAGCGAGAAGUGAACCGACUGAAGGAGAGACUAGAGGGAAAUCUGAGACUCUCCAAACCUGCCAGUCCUGUUAGAGUGCCCACUUCUGCCACGGAAGAUACCAGGGAUCAGGCAUUCCCACGGACCGCAAGGUCUUCAGACAGGAGAAGGCGGCAGACAGAGAGAGGGAGGAAUGGAGAACAAGAGAGAGGAAAAUCACCAAGACCCACUCUGAGGCAAAGAUCAGCGUCUUUACCUCGACAUCGGCCUCAAACUGAUCUGACAACUGAUUCUGAGCUUGUCCAAUCUGAGCCACUACCAUCAACAUUCAGACAUGUCCUGGUGUCCCCAAUGACAUCAAGAGGAAGAAGACAAACCAGAGGAUUUACACAUCACAAAGAGGACAGUACCUCAGGCAGAUCCAACAAUAGUGAUGAAACCGAAUCAAGCCGAGGGCCAGAAACUGCCUGCCCACAUUGCAUAUCAGACCGCACUGGUACUUUGACACGUCCAGUGAGGAGUAGGGGCUCUCCACAUCUCACACAGCCUUCCUGCAACCAUUGCCCAUUGUGUGAUGCAUUACAAGCCAAUCAAAGAGCCUCUCAACCAGCCAAUCAGAUGCCAGUCUCGACCCCCAGUGGGAGUCAGCCAAUGAGAUCCUCCUUACAGAGGAACAAAGGAGGUGUAAAUGUGACUCCUCCCCCCACAGUGGGAGGUGUUCCAGUUGUCCCAUAUGUUCCUGUCUAUCCUUCAACUCUUUACUUCUCCAGCCCUGUGAUGACACAGGCCUACUCACAACCCUUUAACAUCUCAGUCAGUCCUGUCAGAGAUGAGAGGCCAGGGGUCAGAGGUCAUCGUAGACGCUCUCUCUCUUUGGACCAUCAGCAGUGCUCUCUAAACAGCUCUCUGACCCGCGCCAUCACGGCAGCUAGAAACAUGAGAGAGGUCUCACAUCGCAUGGCUCACUCUCUGGCCUCAGGACUACACAGCACUAGCUUCCUCACCACAUCCUGCACCUACUGACACCAGCGUUUACCACUUUUAUCCAAAGUCACUUUAAAUGAGGAAUUAUACUUUUCUACUGCUGAGCUGUGAAGAAAGUCACAUUUGUUCAUUAUUAUUAGUUUACAAAAACAACUCAUUUUCUCAUUGAGAUGUGACUGAUGCAGACAUGUAACACUUCAGCGGGAAAUGAUGGAAAGUGUGAAAUGUUUUAGGUGAACAGCUACUUUUAGAGAUUAAUAGCUGCAUUAUGGCAGCUUAAACAUUCCAGGUUUGUAUAUGCAGUGACCCCAAAAAAUAUUUGGAA